GCAGUGGGAGCGCCGGUCUCUAUAUGGCGGCGGCUCUGUCGGGCCUGGCUGUCCGGCUGUCGCGCUCGGCCGCCGCCCGCUCCUAUGGGGUCUUCUGCAAGGGGCUGACCCGCACGCUGCUCAUCUUCUUCGACCUGGCCUGGCGGCUGCGCAUCAACUUCCCCUACCUCUACAUCGUCGCUUCCAUGAUGCUCAACGUGCGUCUGCAGAUAAAAUUAGAUUUCGGGAAACAUUCCACGCCUUCCCCGGAGCCCGCAGCGAGCUGGCCUCACCGUGUCCCCUCCCCGGCCUGGACCAGACCCUGGAUUAGUCGAGGACCCCAUCUGCUGACGGCCACCACCGUGUCUGCCUUUGCUGACUGUUAUCGGAGCGGACGGGAAGUGCUGGCAGCAGCCGUGGCUGGGGCUGUGUGGGCAGCCUCUGGGGCCUUUGGCUGGGCUUGGGCUCUUGUGAGCCUCAGCGCUGGGGGAGGCUGUGUGCGACCUAAUGCACAGAUUUCCACUUGGAGCAUGCCGAUGAAUGUACAAAGGAGAAGUCCCCUGACCCUUCCGGAAUGCGCACAUUCUUGAUUUUUUUUCGACUAUUUCUGCAGUUGGCCCAAAGGGCUGCUGAAGGGGUUUCAAACGGCUCCUGUGUUCAUGGCUUGUUUGUCUGGCAGCAGUGUCAGACUCCACGGUUUUCUCCCUGCGGUGGGUGGUGGAGGCAGAAUGAACACAGACCACAGUAGGUUCUGAUGGAAAACUCUACAGGAAAUGCUAUUGAUGCGACAAAUUAUCAUUAAAUCAC